AUUCUUCCCUGGGUGUAGGUCCGUUUUCCCUUCCACCCCCCACCCCCCUCCGGAGGCCGUCGCCGAAGCGACCCGUUAAGCAGCCGCUCGCAGAGAGAGAGUGAGAGACCGCCCGAACGCAAUAAAACAUGUCGGAAGCUGACCUCAAAGUAAUCUGGGCCAUCAAGAACGGAGAUGUGGAGGAAGUGAAGAACUUCGUGGAACAGGGUGUAGAUGUGACCAAGGUAGAAGUAGCUGGUCGGAAGGCCAUUCACUUUGCAGCAGAUUGUGGUCAGCUUGAGGUUCUGGAGUUCCUAAUUCACAUGGGAGCAGAGAUUAAUGCUCCAGAUAGACAUGGUUACACAGCACUUCUGUCAGCAAUCUACGAGGGGCAUGUAGACUGUGUGAAAUUGCUGGUAUCCAAGGGUGCUAAUAAAACAGGGAAAUGCCCUGAUGGAAUGAGCUAUUUGGAAGUUGCUGAAAGCCCUGAAAUGAGAGAACUUCUCAAGUGACGGUUGUCUUGCUUUGCCGUGGCCUUGUGCUGCACCAUCUCAUUUUUUUUCUCUUCUCAAUUCUUUCUGCUUCCGAGUGCAUCUUUUAAUUCUGACUAAACAGACAAGUUUGUAGCAUGUUUUUGUACAGUUACAGACAUCUUGAUUAACAUAAAUAUCAGAGCUCUUGCACAGCGUACAAUGGACUGAUUCCACGUCUCACUAGGGAUAGUUCAACACAAAAAUAAAUUGCUGUGAUUAUUGAAGGCAGUUCGUAUCACGAUUAUUCUACACGUGUCCAUCUUCCUGAGUCACCCCUACUCGGACUUGUUUUCCUACGUUGUGGACAGAGUGAAGCAGAUGUUCUUUAAAUGAUUGUGCUGAAAAGUUUUCCAGCAGAAUUUUAUUAUUGUGUUCCCCUCAUACAGUACUCAGUGUAGCAGGUCAAUUCUGAAAUUUGAAGAUUUGGCAGUCGCAGCACCUCACUGAUUUGAAGACACCUUCCAAAUGUUUUGUUUCCCAUUUUGACUUUUGGGUAUUGAUUAUCAUGUGAACCAUAUGUGAACGUUUUAUUACAAAAAGCAAUUCUAAGGAUGAUCGUGAUAACAAUUGGAUUAUUGAGUGAACUAUCGCUAUUCCUGUUGCAUAAUCAGUGACUUGAGAAAUCUGUUUUAAUAAAAUAAAGAUGUGUGUAA